AUGGGAGAGGCGAUUGCCGGCACAUUUGGGAGCAGUACCAUUAAAGGUACUGGCAUUGCCUUGAUUGUACUGACCUCGCUGGUUGUCGGCACUCGUUUUGCUGGUCUUAUUCGAAGCCUCAAUGACCUCAAGGCUGAAGACUACCUUCUGAUUGUCUCUUACAUAUUCUUCUUGGAGCUGAGCAUUCUUUACAUCUAUAUUGCCCCGACUAUCUUUCGAAUAGCAGCAGUCAGUGCCGGAACGAUUCCCCCCUAUGCCACCAUUUCGGAAGAUGGGCUCCGAUUACAGACUGUCUUCUUCGUCACGACAUCUUCGUUAUGGCUUUGCUUGUGGAUGGUAAAGUUCUCGCUUAUGGCGAUGUAUAAAAGGCUGUUGGUCGGGAAGAAAUAUAUAAUCGCCUGGUGGGUUAUCAUGGGGUUUUGUGUCCUGUUUAUUAUUGGCUGCAUUCUCUCUUCGUGGCUAUCGUGCUCCAGCUUCCAUGCCUGGUUUACUGCUGGCCAAUGCGACACACCGCGCGACCAUCGGGCGGCUGUUAUCAGCUUAUAUUACGCAUACGGGGUGGAUAUAGUCACUGACCUCGCAAUCAUGAUCCUUCCCAUCCGCCUCAUCUGGAACCUACAGAUGAAAACGCGCCAGAAGCUGAGCAUCGGCGGGUUAUUCUGCUUUGGCUGGAUUUGCAUAAUUGUUUCCACCAUCCGAGUCGUCCAGCUAGGUGAAACCGAGAACGGAGUCCCCGCUCCAUCAUGGCUAGCGCUAUGGGGUACCAUCGAGGCCUCAAUCGCUGUCAUGAUCGGUUGUUGUCCCGGCCUCUAUCGCGUCCUUAAAAAUGCUAUCUCGCCCUCCAAGACGUCCUACCCGUAUGACUCGUACAACUUGCGGGGCCGGGAAGGCAGUGGUAUGCCAUCGACCCGCUCCGGUGCAUUUGGACGAACCGAUAUUCCUUUGAAUAGCUUUAGAGGGAAGGAAGAAUCGUACCAGUCAGCGAGUGCCUACCGCUCUACCAGUCCGUCAAGUAGUCAGGAGAAAUUGGCCGAUCCUAAUGACAGGAGGAAUAUAAUGGUGAACUACGGAGUUGCUGUGACGGUAGAGGAUCGGCCGAGUGAUUAUGGCCAGGCGGCACGGUUUGUGUAA